AUGGCAGAACAACAUGAUCAUCAACAUCAUCAUCAUCAUCACCAUCACAAUCAUGAUUAUGAAAAAGCAAAUGCAGAUCUUUUUACUGAAUAUGCAAAAACUUAUCGUACUGAAUUCUCCUGUGAAAUAGCUAAACGAUGUGCAUCAUAUAUUUUACAAAAAUAUCCUUUCGAUUCAAGUAAAACAGAAGUACUUGAUUUUGCUUGUGGACCUGGUCUGGUUGCAUUUGAACUUUUACCACAUACUAAACGUAUUGUAGGUGCUGAUUUAGCACAAGGAAUGGUAGAUGUUUUUAAUCAAAGUGUCGAACAUCAAGGAAUAUCAUCAGAUAAAUUACAUUGUGUUCAUACUGAUGCUUUGAAAGGUGAUCAAUCUGAUCUUAAUGGUUCACUCUUCGAUGUUAUUAUUUGUAUACAAGCAUAUCAUCAUUUUAAAGAUCCAACAGAUAUAACUCGUGCACUUUCUCAACGGCUUAAAUCAAAAGGACGUCUGAUGAUUAUUGAUUUUAUUGAUGAUAAUGAGACGAACAAAGUUUUUCAACAAUCACAACAUGAAGCACAUGCUGAUAUAGUUGCUCAUAGACAUGGUUUUUCAUCUGAACAAAUAAUUAAUAUGUUUAAAGCAGCUGAUUUACAAAAUCCUCAAGUCGAGAAAGCAUUUCAAAUGUCAAAAUCUGAAAUGAAAACUUAUCAAGGUCAUGAAGUAUUCGGUAAAGCAAUGAACAGUGACAUCGAUUUUAUAUUAAAGUAUUUUAUUGCUUAUGCUGACAAAGCUUAA